AGGAGUAGGUGGAGCAGACUGUGACAACCAGAACAUAAACACAAAAAAGAGGCAGAGGACAGACAGACAUAACACAAUGUGGCAGUGAUCACUUUGGUUUACCAUGUGGCUGCAGAGACGUCUUCUGACACCUUUUAUUUUUCAUCAACACAUAAAGCCACUACCCCAGAUGCAAGCCAUCACAUGAAUCCACAAACAUUUCACUCUUGAAAUAAGUUGCGUAAUGGCCUCUUGAAUGACAAUGCCUUAUCGUUAUGCUUUCUUAAUUGCAUUAUUUUAAGACAUAAAAAAUCCCUUCUAAGUAACUUCCAUCUCCCUUAAUGGCUUCUCUUUCACUCCUAUGCUCAUUCUCCAAAUACCCAGAAACACCUGUUCAAUACUCUGCUUUCCAUACCUCCCAGGUAAAAAAAAUAAUUAAAAAUAAUUUUUAAAAAAAACCCUUCAAACAUAUGGUCUGCUACAGAAAUGAAGCCUAAUAAAAUAAUACUUUCUGAAGACAUGAAAAAAAUCUUAGAACACAGGAACUGAGAUCUGUUAAAACCACAAGGGAAGAUGAUGAUGAGUGGUAAGUUCACCAUGCUGCUGAAAACCUACUUUAGUUCCAAAUAUGACCAUCUUUGAAUGUACUUUAUGCAUUUUAGAUUGCUCUGCUUUGAAAAUUAAAGCCAAAUAUUACAUUUAAGAAAAAGGUAAGAAACGGUUAGGCUAUUGUCUACAAAUAAUAAAGUAAAUAACAUUAAGCAAAUAACAAGCAAAUUAAAAUAUGAAUAUAUGUCCUUGGUCAAAAAGUGACCUAUUGUACACAUAUACCUAAAACAUACAAAUAAUGUAACAGUUUGAAGGUCUCAAAUUUACAGUAGGUUAAUUGUUUUUCAUUACACAGCUAGCAAGGCUAUACAGUAUUUGAAAUCUUUUAGAGACCUCAUGAACCCAGAGAACUCUUAUAUUAAGGCAGGAGUGGUUAAUACAAAUUUUAAAAGGGCCCGUGUGCUACAUUUUAUUUUAUAUUUUUCCUUGGUGUCCACUUAGGUUUAAUGUCUUGUUUUCCAAAACAGUCAUAAUUAUUUUUUACGUUACCACUUUAUAGUCUUUUUCCCUUACUGUGUGUGUUACUGCACGUUUAAGAUAGAUAGAAGAGAACUGAGCUCUGUUCUGAUUGGCUACCUUAUAUUGUGCCUCAUUCAAAAAGCACUUGGCUGAAACACAUCUGAAAACUGCUGUAGUCUGCAAAGGUGUAUAUACAUUUAGCCCCCAGCUGUUCAGUUUCAUGCAUGGGCUGGGGGAAAUUAAGUGUUUACUUCAAAAAUAAUGGGCCUUUAAGAAUAACGGAGUGGCCAGGUGGGAUGGUGACUUUUAGGUGUUGACCUCCCCCCAAGUUUAUAGAAAAUAAAAAUAUACCCUUAAUAUAAUAUACCCUUAGCUGUGCAUGUUAAGAUAAGGGCAUAACACAUUUUUAUAAACCAUCUUGAAUUUAAUAAUCUUCCCUCUAGUGGCACUGAAAGUCUUUUCUAAAACACUUCAAAUGUUCACUUUUAAGCCUUAAAAAAGUGUUUAGCAGAAGCUAAUUGUGUGUUGUAAAGACAUCACCCCAGAUUCAACUGUACAUCCUGUACCCUCCAAACAGUGUUUGUGCUCUUAGUGGUCCAUGAAAUGUAGAGCAUUUCAAAUUAAAAGUCAUCAUGUCUUGGCUUCCUGGUUGCUCCCCCUAGGGCUAUAUAAAGGAAAGCAACAGCCAUAGCUUAUUGGCUUACUCAGACAGUGUAAGCUGCUCUAGCCAUGAGCAUCUUACAGUUUUACUUUUUGUUGCUGCAUCUCUUCACACAAGGUGGCGCCUUGCGUCAAGGCGUUAUCGGCGGGAGAGAGUCAGUACCACAUAGCCGCCCUUACAUGGUCUUCACUUUGGACCUUGUGACACAAGAAAGCUGUGAUGGCUUCCUAGUAACAAAGGACUUUGUGAUGACGGCAGCUCACUGCAGUAAACGCAGAGUCAUAGCGUUUUUAGGGAUGCACAACAAAAAUGAGCUCAGAAUUGGAGAUGCCAUCCUCGUUGAACCAUUCCCACAUCCAAAAUACAACAGCAGCACCUUUGAAAAUGACAUCAUGCUUUUAAAGCUCCAAAAACCAGCAGAGCUCAGUAACAGAGUCAGAACCAUUGCGCUGCCCCUGUAUGAAAAUGAAACAUUCACACACAACUGCUUGGUAAUGGGCUGGGGAAGCCAGACAGCCAACAGAACCAGUCCAUCAAAGGUUCUGCGAGAGGCCAACGUCACCACCGGAAACUGCACGCUACCGCACAUUAUUUGCUCCGAGGGCUUCACAGGACCCGGCUCUGGUGACUCUGGAGGGCCACUGAUUUGUGGAGAUGUAGCACAGGGGAUAGUGUCAAAUCGAAUCAAGAAAACCUUCGCAGCAAGAUACACACGCAUCUCCCACUACCUUGGUUGGAUUUAUUCAGUCAUUAAGAAGCCUCACAGGUACACUAAGGGAUAAAAGUAUUCAGAUAUACCCUUAAUUGAAGUGAACAGUUUAAAAGUGUACCCCAUGUACUCAUUAAACAUGUGAACCUCAAAACAUGCACUUGUAUUUAUUUUGAAAGGCAGCCAAGAGAUUCCUUAACUCAGCAGGAUGUACAAACCUGCAAGACACUACUGCCCCCUUGUGGUAAUCACUCCAAAGUGUACAGACAGAACCCCACUCCCCAUCCACUUCAUAACACUACUAAGGAUGUUAAGACUAGCCUUUGUGGUGAGCUAGCCAUCCUCUAGUCUUUAGUUUUACAUUACAGGUCAACUCUUUACCUUGAGGCAUGCAAUACACUAACACUAUUGCUACACCCGACCCUCAUACCAGUGAACAGGCUACAACCUAAAUGUCAUGCAGAUGAGGCAUGAACAUGGAAGGGGCAGAUAGAGAAUCGCACAUGCCUGCAGGUGGGCUAGUCAAAUUUUAGCAGAAA